UGUCUGGCCGGCCGCACACACUCAACCUCCACUGCUACCUACCGCUGGGUCGAAACAAAUAAUCCCUACUAGCUUGGAUCGACAAAACGCUGAACGACAACAACUCGAUCUAACCUACCACGUCCAUGGCACUUAUCUUUUUCUCUUUUAGUAACCCCACCACUCUUUAAAAAUUCCGCCUAAAAAGAAGAAGCGUUCUGUCCCCUCUGUUGGGUUUUCAGCAGACGUGUACAACAACUAUCCAGAGGAUCUAGGGGCAGCUCUUUACCGAGAGCCAUUUGACUUCAACGCCGAGCCACCUUGGGAUCCUAGCUGAUAGUGGACGAGUUCAUCCCAGGACUCAUCCAUUUUGUUGCAUAAGUCUAGGACCCCAGGGGCUCGAGAGGGUGCGCGCAAGACCACUUUGGACUAGCCGUGUUCUUUAUGCGUGUUGGAUUAGAAGAAAACUGUUGAGAGGAUGAAAGGAAUCACUGAUGAACCACAGUAUUCUGUUAGUCUGCUGGAGGGAGGCACAGCCCUCUGUGACGUGAUCGACAAUCACAUUUAUGAACAAACUCUGACUGAGAAAAAUGCAUUCUUUGUAGCAGACCUGGGAGUUAUAAUCAGGCAGCAUGUUCGCUGGCGAACUCACAUGGCCCAAAUUCGACCUUAUUAUGCGGUCAGAUGCAACAGCAGUCCAGCUGUUAUUGAAGUUCUGGCCGCCCUUGGCACUGGAUUCAUUUGUACCAACAAGUUUGAGCUUGAGCUGGUCCAGAGCCAUGGCAUUCCCUCUGAAGAUAUCAUCUACAGCGGUGUGUGCAAACAAGUCUCCCAGAUUAAACACGCUGCUAAGAAUGGCAUUGACCUCUUGGUGUGUGAUAAUGAAGCAGAGCUUCGAAAGAUUUCUCGCUGCCACCCAAAUGCCAAACUGCUGCUACAGGUUUCAACAGAAGCAUCUAACCACGAUAAUGAGAUGACCAUGGCAUUUGGCUGUUCUCUGAAGGACUGCAGGCAUCUUCUGGAAAGGGCUAAGGAGUUGGGCGUGCAGGUGGUUGGGGUCAGGUCUCACAUUUCCAGCUCCUGUGAGGAUGACCAGGUGUAUGUUCAUGCCAUAUCUGAUGCCCGUUGCGUCUUCGAUAUGGGAGAGGAAAUUGGCUUCAACAUGAAAAUCCUGGACAUCGGAGGGGGUUUCAGCGGCUCUGAGACCCAGCUGGAACUGAUCAAUAAUGCAGUCAUGUCCAUGGUGGACCUAUACUUCCCUCCUUCAACUGGAGUUUCCAUCAUUGCUGAGCCUGGCAGCUUCUUUGUGUCCUCUGCUUUCACACUGGCUGUGAACGUCAUCUCCAAGGAGGUGGUGGCACGGGAUCGCCAGGACAAGGCCCAUGAUGAUCCAUCUCCCAAUGAUGAGCCGGAGUUCCAGUACUACAUGAAUGAGGGAGUUUAUGGCUCAUUUGCCAGCAAACUCUGUGAAACGCUGAUUCCUGUUCCAUCUGUUCAUAAGAACACAUCCCUGGAUGCUCCAGUGUUCAGCAGCAGCCUGUGGGGUCCCUCUGGGGAUGACUUGGACCAGGUAGUGGAGCACUGUCUGUUGCCUGAACUCAACAUCGGAGACUGGCUCAUGUUCACCAAAGCUGGGGCCUACAGUAUGGGUCAGCCACUCUGCAGCGCCACUGACUCACCACCACCCCCUGUAUACUACGUCAUCUCCUCUAGAGACUGGUUUGAUAUGCAGGACACUGGUGGCACUCAUGAGGCCACACUGAAGAACUUCUCUUUGGUCCCUUAUUUCCUCAACUCCUGCCAAACAGAGGCUGCUCUCUCUGUCCCAGCUUAGCAAUCAUCACACGAAGAAGGCUUUUAAUUUUCUGCUGCUAGCUUCCCCUGGUCAACAUUCCACUGGGAUGAACUGAAAUGAACUGACUGUGCAGAUAUAGCUUGAAAUAGUUGGGUCCAGACUUGAUUUUACAAAACCCAAUAUAGAGUAAAGUAAUUGAUUAGAUCCUCAAAACCCAAGUAGAUGUUAAUUAAUAUGCAACAAAAUGGAUGGCCCCUAAAAGAGAUGCAUUCUUCCCUUUACUUUGGGCAUCCCAUGGCACUUCACUCAUACAGUAGACAUAUAAUUGUUAUAAUUAUAUUUGACAAAUGUAUUAUCUGUGUCCUCAUUGCUGUUGCCAGUCUUGUAAAAAUAAAAUGUAUCCCUGAGUGAAUCAAUAUAUUUAAAUGGAAACACAGUUCUGAGAUAUUGUAGGGUGCUUUCCUACAAGAAUAGUAUUUAUGAUUUUCAUUGGUUGUAUAGUUUAUUCUGUGUGAUAAAAGCUUGAUUUUUGUUAUCACAUUUAUAAUAUGUUGUCCUUUUCAGUGUUUUGAAAUGGAGGCUUGCAUGAAGGUGUAUUUAUUCAUCUGUAUGAUGACAUAAAUAAAUCCAGUGUGAUCAAUGUGCAGUGUCACCAUUAAAUCCACUCCUGGAAAAUGAUGGGUGCAGUCUGCUCUGGUGUGGUUGAGAAGCUAAUGGUUCUGUGUUUCAGAGUUUUUCUCACGUGCAGAGUAGCUCACUUCCAGACUAGAGAAGGGCCGGCAGGUAAUUGCUAUGCCACGACAUAGCAGUGCAGGUUUAUUAGACCGCAUGUGCUGCAGAUAGAACAAGGGAAGUGUUAAUGGAUAACGAAUCAGCUGACAUGGAAUGGGGUCUUUUUGAUAAAAUGCUAGAUCCCCGUUGGUCUUUCACUAUCACUAUUUCUAUUAAAUUUGAAAACAUUUUUGCAAAAUGAAGGCCUGUUUAAAGAAUUUUAUUUCCCAACUGCAAGUACAUUUGCAAAGUGUGUAAACAAUAUCUGAAAUUGUCCCGCAAUCUGUAUUUAAGGCAUGAAUUAUUAUUUAAUAACUUAUGUAACUUUGCUCGUCAAACAUAAACCGCAAUAAACGCCUCAUUGACUGGA